GGGAGGAGGAGGGAGAGGGAAGGAGGGCGGGCGCCGGGCUGCGCUGCGCUGCUGGUCUGGAGCGGAGCCUGGCAGCAGCGGCGGGUGCGGAGCCGCCGGAGCCUGCUGGACGGAGGCAGCCGCGUCCCCUCCCCUUCGCCUCUUUCUUUGUGCGCAGGGCAGGGGCGGCCGCCGCCAUCCAUGGUCAUGGGCGACAAGAAGAGCCCGACCAGGCCGAAAAGGCAAGCCAAACCUGCAGCCGACGAAGGCUUUUGGGAUUGUAGCGUGUGCACCUUCAGGAACAGCGCCGAAGCCUUCAAAUGCAGCAUCUGCGAUGUCAGGAAAGGCACCUCCACCAGAAAACCUAGAAUAAACUCUCAGUUGGUGGCACAACAAGUUGCCCAGCAAUAUGCAACCCCACCACCACCUAAGAAGGAGAAGAAGGAGAAAGUGGAAAAACAAGACAAAGAAAAACCUGACAAAGAGAAAGAGAUUAGUCCAAGUGUUACAAAGAAGAACACUAACAAGAAGACUAAACCAAAGUCAGAUAUUGUGAAAGAUCCUCCUAGCGAAGCAAACAGUAUACAGUCUGGGAAUACUACAACAAAGACCAGCGACUCAAAUCACACUUCAAGACCCAGACUGAAAAAUGUGGACAGAAGUACCGCACAGCAGCUGGCAGUCACAGUGGGGAAUGUCACAGUAAUUAUCACAGACUUUAAAGAAAAGACUCGUUCUUCUUCCACGUCGUCUUCUACAGUGACCUCCAGUGCAGGAUCAGAACAACAGAAUCAGAGCAGCUCGGGCUCUGAGAGCACAGACAAGGGCUCGUCCCGUUCCUCCACGCCAAAGGGGGACAUGUCAGCAGUCAACGAUGAAUCUUUCUGAAAAUUGCACAUGGAGUUGUGGAAACUAUGAAUCAGGGUAUGAAAUUCAAACACUCCACCUGCCCGCGCUGUUCAAAUCCUGGAGACCCUCUUCUGUGCUUGAACACACACUUUCUUGGACAUCGACCUCUUAGUGAUGCAACCAGGAUAACUUCUGCUUGCUGUGGGCAUCUGGCCACCAAGGAAUUUCUCACCCUAACGAUUACUCUUGACACUUUUAUGUAUUCCAUUGUUUUAUAUGAUUUUCCUAACAAUCAUUUAUAAUUGGAUGUGCUCCUGAAUCUACUUUUUUAUAAUAUCUGCUGUGCACAAUUUUCCAUGAACAUUACAACUUUUUGUUUUGGGGCAGGGAGCGGGUGGGGAGGGAAGGGGGCUUUAUUUAUUGCAUUCACAAACUCCAUUCUCUUUCAACAUAUCCUUUUUAAGUUCAGUUCUUCUUCCAGUUAUACUGUGUACUAUCAGUUUUGAUAUAAAUUAUAUAUAAAUAUAUAUAUAAAUAAAUAUAUAUAAAGGGUUAUUUGAAACCAAUACAUGGAAACGCUGGUGCUUGAAACACUGUGAAGUGAAAAAAAAAAAAAAAAGAACAGUUCAAGAUCUGGGACAGUCCCCUUCUGUGAAAGUACUGAAACUGAAAUGGAACUGGUCUUAGGUGAAAAAUGUUCCUGAAGGUUUGAACCUGGAUGUGACCUAUUGUUCCUUCCCCGUUUCUUCCUUAAGCAAUGGCUAAAACGUACUGGACACACAGUUUUGAUUUUUAUAGCUUGGGAUCUGAAAUGAGCAAAGAUUGCUCCAGGUAGCUUGUGGUUCCACUAGGGUAACUCAGAUUGAUAAUGUGCAAAGUCGUGCCCAACUGGACCAUAAGCAUUCAUAACCAGACUGGUGUUUGGCAUGCCACGGAUUCGUGUGUUUUGGUACUGUGAGCAUUGCUCUGUCAUGCAUAGCCAAUCCCACAGACAUUUGAUGUUCUUAGAUUUACUCAAUUUCGUCCACCUGUAUCAGUGACGGAGGUAACUUUAGAACUGGAGUAUUUGCCUUUGGGUUGGAAGGCAGCUGGGAGCCGUUGUGGGUUGAGGGUGCAAGCUGGUGCUUGUUCCAGCUGGUGGCACCAUGAGUCAGUCAUCAUCAGCCCCCUUUGCUCUGUCCCCUCUGUGCUGAUGGGGUGGCUCUUCUUGAAGUCCCAUCUGUAUUCCAUGAGUAGGUUCUGAAUAGCAUCUCCAGUGAUGAUGUUGGUCUUGUCAGUGUUUGGAUGCUUCUGGGUCUCCUGCUGUGGGAGCAAAAGUAGGGAAAAACUUUUCAUGCUGGCAAGUGAGGGACGUGUGGCUCAUGCUCAUGACCAGCAUCUCCUUCGUUCUUGCUCUAAAGCUAUCCAGACUGUAAUUUCUUUUUCUGGUCUGUUAGUGUUGCUUUACAGUUUACCUUCCAUGCAUUAUCCUGCUAAAACACUAGGCCGAAGAGGUGGAACAAGCUUUUUUUUUUU